AUGGAAUCCUUACUAGCGGCAUUCCUCGCGCGUCUCGGCGCAGAAGGAACCGGCAUAAUCACGCUAGAAGCCCCUUCGGCAUUUCUAGGCGUCCACGAGUUUCCCAACCGAGCACAACAUCUCCUGAGGAUCUCACAGACUGCGAAGCCUGGUCCUUCGAAGCACGCCGGCGUAAACACGGCCUCGCGCCUCUACGGCGCAUGUGCGGAGUGUGGACCCUCGCCGAUGUCUGCUGCCGGGCCCGGAUGCGCCGGAGGAGGUCGGGCGGAGGAUAGAGCGGGUUAG